UGGUGAGUCGGAGAUAAACACUCCGCGGUGGUGGCGGCUGCUGCUCUUCUUCGGGUUCUGUCACAGUGUCGGCGGUGCCCAGCUCACCGGACCCCCCCCCCUCCGGCGAGCGUGGUAGCCAGAGAGGCUCUCUCAACCCUGCUCUGCGGGGUCCACAGUAGGGCGCGGGUGUCCGGCGGCGGCGGCGAGCCCGUGGGCAGUGGGGGUUGGUCCCGCGGCUCCGGCCCCCGGUGCAGAAUGGCGGCGGCGGUUCGGAUGAACAUCCAGAUGCUGCUGGAGGCGGCUGACUACCUGGAGCGGCGGGAGAGAGAAGCUGAACAUGGUUAUGCCUCCAUGUUACCAUACAAUAACAAGGACAGAGAUGCCUUAAAACGGAGGAACAAAUCCAAGAAGAAUAACAGCAGUAGCAGGUCAACUCACAAUGAAAUGGAGAAGAAUAGGCGGGCCCAUCUUCGCUUGUGCCUGGAGAAGUUGAAGGGGCUGGUUCCACUUGGGCCCGAAUCGAACCGACACACUACAUUGAGUUUAUUGACAAAAGCCAAAUUACACAUAAAGAAACUUGAAGAUUGUGACAGAAAAGCCAUUCACCAAAUAGACCAGCUCCAGCGAGAGCAGCGGCACCUGAAGCGGCAGCUGGAGAAGCUGGGCAUCGAGAGGAUACGGAUGGACAGCAUCGGCUCCACGGUCUCCUCGGAGCGCUCGGACUCCGACAGGGAAGAAAUCGACGUGGACGUUGAAAGCACAGACUAUCUCACGGGCGACCUGGACUGGAGCAGCAGCAGCGUGAGCGACUCGGACGAGCGGGGCAGCAUGCAGAGCCUGGGCAGCGACGAGGGCUACUCCAGCUCCAGCAUGAAGAGAAUAAAGCUCCAGGACAAUCGCAAGACGUGUCUGGGCCUCUAAGAGCGCGGGGUCGCCGUGGCUGCCUCCCGGAGGGCUCUGCCGGCCGAGCGGAUUAGACGCACUGCAACCUAAGGGCUCCACGGCUGAAGCAGCGGCAGGCGGGCGGGUGGCCGCCCCGAGCCCCCGCUGCCCGCGGUCUCUGGCCCCCCAGCCUCGCCACGCCUCCGGCGCCUCCACCUUCCACACGACUCAAAGUUCAAACGCCCUCCACGCGGAAGCUCAUUCUAUACACGAAGAGCGGUCUAAACAAAGCAAGAUUACUUUUGUUCUUUCAUUUUAAUGAUUCUCUACUGUAUUAAAAUUUUUAAUUGGAAGUAGUCGAUUCCUAAAUGAUUCCAAAGUCAUCUGUACUUCUGUUUUUGUUCUGUUUUUUUCCUGCAUUUCAGCUUUGGGUGGGUGGGGGGAGGGGCAGGUGACACAAAGGAUUUUUUUUUAUUGUUGGAAUCUUUUCCAAUGACCAGCUGAAGAUUUGCACUGAAAUACAACUUGUAUGCCUUUUGCAUUUUUAAAGCCUGCUUCCUGAAUUUAAGCAGAGUGAUAGUGUUCAACGAGCCAGCUCAGCCUGUAACAUGUUUGAAAAGAUAUAUCUGCACUUUGAGGUCCCUUUCGAAUGCCAUUCGCUAGACCUCUCAAGCGUUUUAAUUGCUACAUUCAAGCGCCUCACAAGUCCAAGAUGCUGGAUGCCGUAUGGCAUCGAAAACUCAAGACUUUGGGCAAAGCUUGUGGGCUUGCAUUGGGGGAGGGAAGGGAACAGAAUUUGUGUAUUUGUUCGAUUUAGAAAUAAGGCAUCUGAGAGAUGCCGUUAUUUUCUGUGUUUAAGUUAAACUGCAUUUUUUUGUCUUUUGGUUGAAAUAUGAAAUGUACUGUCCCAAUAUAAAACAGUAAUUAUUUGACCUUUG